AUGUCUUCGGACCCUGCGACUGCCGCAGCCGGCCCUGCGAACCGCCGCGCGUCGCUUGCGUUCUCGGGUAGACUCAGCCUUGGCGCCAACACGAUCGCGGCGGUCGCCAGUACCACCACUAACGCAGCUUUCGGUGGUCACAACCCUACGAAGGAUGUCGACGACAUCGUGGAAAUGUACUCGGACAUGCGUGAGCAUGGAUACAAGGGCCCUACCAGGACCGUACGGCUUCCCCGCGUGUCGAGCGUGGGCGGAGGCUCGAUCGCGCGCGCACAGGGCGACGAUGGGCGUUGUGUCGUAGCCGGAAGGGAAUCGCUGAGGAUCGUGCGCGUCGUGCCACCAACUGGCCCUACAUCCUACUCGUCAGCGGCAUCGGGAGGGCUUGAGCAUGUCGCGCGUUCGGCGGUGGGUCGGGGCGGACACCGCAUCGACGCGGGGCGUAACAUGUGGGACGGCUCCGGGCUUAAGGUGGAUGGCGGCGCGAGCGCAGUGACGGACGUUGCAUGGGGAUAUGGAUCGUUUAGCAACAAGAUAUUGACGAGCGCGCGGAACGGCGAGCUCGUCAUGUGGGACAUCAACAAAUCGGGCUCGUCCAAGCAUGAACGCAGGACGCGCGACCACAUGCGCGCCAUCCACCGCCUCUCCUACUCGCGCCAGGUGCACUACUACUGCGUGACUGGCUCCGCGGACUGUGACAUGCGCGUAUGGGAUCUAAGAAACCUCUCGCAAUCCCGGCUGAAGAUUCACCACCCCGCGCCGGUCCGCGCCGUCCUAUUCUCGCCCGAUGUGCAGAACCCGCUCCAGGCGAUCGCCGGGCUUGAGAACGGGAGUCUGUACCGAUGGGACCUCCGCAUGGGCCAGCGCGGCCAGCUAGACCGCGUCCCGGUCGCGCAUGCAGGUGCGAUCCUCGCGCUCGAUUGGUGCGUUCCCGCAUCUCAAAUCGUUGCCGGUUCGAGCAACAGCUCCAAGAGGCCCGCGACGGGCAGCGCGCCCGCGGUAGCUGCUGCGGAUGGCACGGGAGACGGUGCCGGUGGUAAUGGGUGGAUCGCGACGGGCGGCAUGGAUCGGACGGUUCAGGUGUGGGAUCUGAGGGCGGGACAUAUACCGCUCGCGCCGACCUACACACUUCACCCGUCGUUCCCUGUGCGCACCGUGAGGUGGCGGCCCGAGUACGAAUGCGAGCUCGCAAUCGUGUCGCACGCGACGGCGGGGACGGGAAGCGGGAGCGAUGGUGUCGAGAGCCCCCCGGAAAGUGUAGUGCCUGGCGUCGCCACGAAGGACAUCAGCGGGACAAGCGUCGGUGGAGGUACGGGCGAUGCGGUGGAGAUCUGGGACGUGCGACGAGGGUGGAUCGCGAAGUGGCGCGUCAAUGGGUCCGCGGCCGAGGGCGGAGUAGCCGAUGCCGUAUGGGCGGAUUCGCACGCGCUAUGGGCGUCGCACGCGUCCGGCGCAUUCUCGCAGCUGGACGUGCGCCAGUCCGCGACCGUGGUCGACGCCGUACCAAGGAACGCGAUGGCGUUCGAUCCGGCGGGCAACGUCGUAUUCGUAGCGGACAAGCCCGAGCGGUGGGAGGUGCCGUACGAUGAUGUCGAUCCCGAACUGCGGCCCGUCGUGGCGAGGCAGCGCGGGAAGCUGAAGGCCCUUGGCGACCCUGCCUACCGCUGCGAGACGCAGGACCUAGGCAUCGUCGCCGACACGUCUGCCGUACACGAGUCUACCACGUUUGCCGCCUUGGCUCGCGGGUACAGCCUCGACGUCGCCAACGCGGGCGCAGACCGUCGUCCGUUGUGCGAGCGCAAUGCACAGGUAGCGCUUGAAGCUGGGCACGAGUCCGCCGCACAGCUGUGGGCUCUCGUAGGGGCUCUUCUCAUGGACAUCGUGCCGCCUUCGCCGCCGUCGCCUCCCUUGCCGACUCCUCUGCAACCUGAGCUCCUCCCCGGGGGCACGCCGGCGCUGGCGCACUCGCUGUCCGCGCCUGCCGCGUUCCCGCACCUCCAGUCACCGCGCCCCUCCGUGCCGCCCCCCACGGCGGGCAGAGGCACACCGAUGCGGUCCGUGUCUACGGAUCCCACCCUAGUUGCCGCCGCCGGGCGUGCGAAACGGAGCCCGGGCAAGAAGAGCGUCGAGUCGAUGUCCGCGUCGUCCUCGCGCGGCGGCGCCGUGCCGAAGCCGCUGACGCCCGUCGGUUCCCCGAGCCCAAUGCGGAGCGCGAGCGCGCUGAGUUCGCCGUCGCCUACGUCGGUAACGUCGACACGCUCGCCGCUAUUGCUCCGGCGCGAGAGCCAUUCCGCCGCGCGACAUUUCCCGAGGGGAUUCGAUCCCGCCUCGCGCCGGCCAAGCUUGACGCCGAGCGGGCGGAGCGCUAGCCCCAGCGAAAGCGCGAGGGGAAGCUUACAUCACGUUGGCGAGGGCGCUCUUUCGGAUGGGGAGGGUAGCGAGGGGGACUGCGGGGACGGGGAGGAGGAGCAGAGCGAAGGGGAGGAGAGCGAUCUAAGGCCGCUCAUGUCGCCACUGACCUCGCCGCAUUUGCAUCCGCGCGCCGUCCCGCCGAAUCCCAGCCCGUUGUCGCACGUGGCCAACCCGGACGACGAUGAUUCCUCGCCGUCUCCCGCGUCUACCGAGUCCGAAUCGGAGGAUGCUGGAUCGGAUUCGCCUCCGAGGAUGCGCCACGACCGUCUGCGGUCCAAGUCGGGCUCGGCAUCGGGCGGCCGAUCCUUGUCGGGUUCCGGGUCGGGCAGCCGGACGAGGAGGAUGGUUCAGGCCCGGAGCCGAAGCUCGACUCUCGCCAGUCUGCCCGCGCAAUCGAAGCUGCCGAUGCAGACGAAGGCGCUCGCGAGAAACGACUCGUCGAGCAGCGUGCAAACCGUGAUUGCCGCGGAACCGCGCUUGCGUGAGCGGAGGACGCGCAAGGGGCUCGGUGGCCUGGACAGGGAGGAGACGAUCAGGGAUAUGCGCCAUACAUCGAGCCGGGGUUCGGCGCGGAUGCGGAGAUCGCGCUCGCAGAGUCGACUCGGGUCAGAUACGGUUUCGGUCGAGUUGAGGUUGGAUGGAUCAGAGAUCGCGAUGUCGGAGUCGAACGGGGCGCUCGAGCACAAACGGUCGAAGGCGUUGACGGGCGAUCGGAGGCGCGCGAUCGUGGAGGAUGAACGGAGGAUGCGUGAGCUGGGAUGGGCGGCUCUGCGGGAUUCGCUGGACGACUUGGCCAACGACGGAGAUGUCCAAACGUGCGCUUCUCUGGCGAUUGUCGUUCGGAGCGAAUUGGGAAUCAGUAAGAACCGCGCUGCUCGGUUUAUCGAGUCGUAUCUAGACAAACUUUCUCGUUUGAAACUCGACGCGGCUGCUGCGUACGUUCGAGAGUGUGCACAAGGGGGCUCCACGCACGACGCGCCUGCGGUUCAUACCGUGGUCUAUACAUCCUGCGGUCGUUGCAGGAAACCGAUUGUACAGACCACCACAAACCCAUCACAUGGCCAACCCACCGGAGUCUCGUAUUGCUCAGAAUGCCAGUGA